GCGAACCAAUCUUACUCUAACUAACACCUCUCUCUCGGUCUCUCCCACUCUGUUUAUUCUUUCAUUUCUUAUUGUCUGACUCAGAAUUUGUGCUCCUCCAAAAAUCCCAACAACAUUGUCACAAGUUCUAUGGAUUAAGGUCUUUCUGUAAAUUACUAAUGUUAUUGGUCAACUAAGAAUUUUCAGCCUUUUUUUUUACCUUCGUUAAGACGGCAAUGGCUCAUGUACCACCAUUGACCAUCUUCCUCGUCCUCAGCUUCUGUCUUAUCCCACUCACGUACUCCGUUCCUUUCGUAGUUUUGCAUGGCAUUAGUGAUAAAUGCAGUAACCGGGGAGUCACACAGUUUACUGAGCUCUUAAGCAAGUGGUCUGGCUCUCAAGGAUACUGCAUAGAAAUUGGAGAUGGAUCGUGGGACUCCUGGACUAUGCCCCUUACAGAACAGACAGCAAUUGCUUGCGAGAAGGUUAAGGGUAUCAGUGAACUUAGUGGGGGUUACAACUUAGUGGGACUUUCUCAGGGUACUAUGAUUGGUCGAGGGGUUAUUGAAUUUUGUGAUGGAGGACCAUCUGUAAAGAAUUUCAUUUCACUGGCAGGCAUCCAUGCUGGUACUGCUUCAAUUCCAUUUUGUGGAUCUGUUUUGAUAUGCAUUCUCCUGGAUAGUUUAAUUAAGACAGAGGUCUACAGCAACUAUGUACAGGAACAUUUGGCUCCCAGUGGUUAUCUUAAAAUUCCAACUGACAUUCCUGAGUAUCUAAAGGGAUGUAGGUUUCUCCCAAAACUUAACAAUGAACUUGCUGACAAAAGAAAUUCCACUUAUAAGGAACGUUUUUCUAGCUUGGAGAAUUUGGUGCUUAUCAUGUUUGAGCAAGACACGGUUUUGAUACCCAAGGAAACUUCCUGGUUUGGGUAUUAUCCAGAUGGGUCCUUUGACACUAUUUUAUCUGCACAAGAGACCCCACUCUAUAUCGACGACUGGAUUGGUUUGAAAACCUUGGAUGAGGCUGGGAAAGUUAAAUUCAUAAACGUUUCUGGGAAUCAUCUUCAGAUCUCUCGAAGUGAUAUGAAGACAUACAUAGUUCCUUACUUGAAAGACCAAACUUCAACAACAGAGCUGAUGAUAACAGAAUCAUCUUUAUCUCAUAGAUGGCUUUCAUCAAUAUGGAACUUCUUUGUUAAUCUUGGUGGGUUCAGUGUGGAUCAACAUUUGCUAUCGGUUGUUUCCUAGAUGAAAUCCCUCUUCUGAAUAAGGAUGCACAGCGUGUCACUAUUUUUUCAGUUUCUCUUAAAUCAUUGCGGACUGUCACAUCUUGAUUCCUGUAUCUGCUCAUUGAAGAUUUUUUAUUGGUGUAAAUGGUUGGAAGAUGACAAAAAGUUGAUUUUAUUGAUUAUUGACUGUCAUAUUUUUUGUCUGCU